AUGUCUUCUGAGUCUCCUGCUCCAUCUGUUGCAGAUUCCCUCCAAGAGCUUGUGCUGAUGCCAGUUAAGCAUCCAAAGCUUUUUCUGAAAUGGAUUUUUCCAAUGUUUGUGUGCUUUCUCUGCUUCUGCUGUCAGAGUGUAUUGCUGCACCUCACAACGGUGAAGUAUGUAAACCUGCACAUGCACAAGGAACCGCUUCCGGAGGACAUAGGCCAUGCAUAUCUGGGCAAGGCUCCUGUGCCAAUGAAAAUCCUCGACAUGAUCUCCUGUGGUGUUCUCCUGGGUUUCAUGGUCGGAGCACUGCUGCUUCGAGACCUCAGGACGUGGAGCAAGUUGUUCUUCUGCAACGGGAUGAUGUUUGUAAUGAAAGGAGUUUUCGACUAUGCGACUAUUCUGCCCGACUCAAUUGGGAUGGCUGAGUGCGCGGCCAGGUUAGGAGAAGCUCCAUUGAAAGAGUUCGAAAGGCUGGGAACGCUGAACGGUCAGGAGUUCUUCGAUGGUAUGGUCUCCCUGGAGCUCCGGGGCGUCGCGGGGAAAUGGCCAGUCCGAUAUUGUGCAGACAUGUUGUUGAGUGGCCACACCUUUGUCAUGUUGCUGUACUUGCUGGCUGUAGCCGAUCUUGUGCAGCGCUCGACGCUGCUCAUGGAAUCUCCAAAAAGAGAAAUCUGCCAAGUUUUUUUUGGCAUCUUCGCGCUGGGUUGCACUGCAGCAGAUUUGUACUUGAUUGUGAUCAACCAUUUUCACUACACCGUGGACGUGAUCAUGGCGAUCAUUCUCACGUUCCUCCUUUAUACAAACGCAGGCAUAGCGAUUCUUGUUCAGUGGUUCGCUUCCGAAUACGGCGAGAGCAGCCGGAAUACGGAGGAUAGUGGAAUGGUAUGGGUACCUGCGGCUAUGUUUCCUUUCUGCUGUUUUGGCGGGUACUAUAAGGUCAACCAGAUGUCCGCAAAAGAGGUGGUAAAGCGGCAGGCAGCUGAUGGGAGUGCACUGUGGAAGUCAAUGGCAGGACCAGAGGACCCUGGCUAUGGCACCAUGCAGCCUCCUGGGCAGCAGAAGACACCUGAGGCUGUGGAUCCUUGA